AUGUCUCACUCUGGUGCUCAAGGCAGCAUUGGCAGUCACUCUGCCAUGGGCCUGCGAAGUCAUAAGAUUCACCUCUAUGAAUUUGAAAACUUCCAAGGCCGUAAAAUUGAGCUGUUUGCAGAGUGCCGUAAUCUGAGUGACAAGGGGCUGGAGAAAAUCGGCUCCAUCCGUGUAGAGAAUGGACCCUGGGUGGGCUUUGAGCAGCAGAACUUGACUGGUGAGAUGUUCAUGCUGGAGAAGGGAGAAUACCCUAGAUGGGACACCUGGUCCAACAGCUACAGGUGUGACCGUCUAAUGUCAGUCAGGCCAGUCAAAAUGGACCCCCAGGACCACAAAAUUUGCCUAUAUGAAUGCACAAACUUUGAGGGCCGCAAGAUGGAAGUGAGUGAUGAGGAUAUUCCAAGCCUGUGGUCAUAUGGCUUCCAGGACCGCGUCGCUAGCAUUCAGGUCACUGGUGCAACGUGGGUGGCUUACCAAUACCCUGGCUACCGUGGUUACCAGUAUAUCAUGGAAACGGGUUCUUUUAAGCACUGGAAUGAGUGGGGGGCCCACCAACCCCAAAUUCAGUCCAUCCGUAGAGUGAAAGACAUGCAGACACACCGUAGAGGCUGCUUCGAGAUGAACUCUGAAAGCCGCUCAAGCUACUAG